UUAUACGGCGGUGCAAUGUCAGCUGAUUUAUCUCACAUGACGAACAGUUUCGGUCACUUACUGAUAAUUAUUCAAAGACCGUUUUACACUAGACGGGGGAAAGUAUUGUAGCCUAGUACAUUAUUGUCGGAUUCUUUCUAGGAUUUGAGUCCAUCUGCUAACUCCACAAGUCGUUAUUGGUUUGCUAACUAUGUAGCUUGCACAAACAAGGACUAUACAGUGCAGCACCCGAGUCGAUGAGCUGUGGGCCCCUUCAAAGGUUUUUUAACUAACCCAUUUCGUCAAGUAAUAUUACAGUGACACCCUGCAGCAAGCAUGGGUCCAGAGGGAAAGACACUCUUGAACAUCAUAAUCCUGGGUUUUGGAUUUAUGUUCAUGUUCACUGCUUUCCAAACAUGCGGCAAUAUAGAGCAAACUGUGAUCAAGAGUUUCAACAGCACUGAAUUCCAUGGGAGUGGAUACACAAGCAUGGCCAUCAUCUAUGGAGUUUUCUCUGCAUCCAACCUGAUUGCUCCCUCAGUAGUGGCUGUUAUAGGACCCCAAUUGUCCAUGUUCUUUAGUGGAUUAGUAUACAGUGGAUACAUUGCCAUGUUCAUCCACCCCUUCACUUGGAGCUUCUACACAGCCUCUGUAGUAGUUGGAAUAGCAGCUGCAAUAUUGUGGACAGCUCAGGGGAACCUACUCACCAUCAACUCUACAGAUGCCACCAUUGGCAGGAACAGUGGUAUUUUCUGGGCCUUGCUACAGUUCAGCUUAUUCUUUGGAAACAUGUAUAUUUAUUUUGCCUGGCAUGGCCAUGUUCACAUAUCAGACAAGGAUCGCCAGACGGUGUUCAUCUCUCUCACGGUCAUCAGCCUGGUGGGCAGCUUCCUGUUCUUCUUGAUCCAGAAGCCAGAGCCUGAGGCCACACCCUCCGAGGCAUCUGAGUCCACAGAGAGCGCCUCUAUCAUUGUAGCGACUCCAGGUCUCGGUUCCCAGGCUCUGGACGCUUUGAAGAAAGCGUUGCAGUUGUCUGUCACUAAAGAGAUGCUACUGCUAAGUAUCUCCAUAGCAUACACAGGCCUAGAGCUGACAUUUUACAGCGGGGUAUACGGGACAUGUAUAGGAGCCAUGACACGAUUUGGGGACGAUGCCAAGAGUCUGAUCGGGCUCUCUGGCAUUUUCAUUGGCCUGGGAGAGAUCAUAGGAGGGGGGGUGUUUGGGAUGCUGAACAAGUGCAACCGGUUUGGGAGGAACCCGGUGGUGCUGCUGGGGCUGAUCACUCACUUCGUGGCCUUUUACCUGAUCUUCCUGAACAUCGCCAGUGAUGCCCCUAUUGCCCCAGAGGAGGGCACACACCUGCAGGCAUACAUCACCCCCAGUGUUGAGGUGGCUCUGCUGUGCAGCUUCCUGCUGGGCCUGGGGGACAGCUGCUUCAACACCCAGCUGCUGAGCAUUGUGGGAUUCAUGUUCCGGGAGGACAGCGCUCCUGCCUUCGCUGUUUUCAAGUUUGUCCAGUCCAUCGCAGCAGCCCUGGCCUUCUUCUACAGUAACUAUCUCCUGCUGCACUGGCAGCUGCUCAUCAUGGUUGUGGUGGGCUUCCUGGGCACGCUAUCCUUCUUCGUGGCUGAGUGGAUGGUGGUCUCCAGCAGACGGGACACUGACUAUGACAGCAUAUGACAACCUAUGGGAGGAGGGGGCCACGGUGAGAGGAACUAUUCACACCUGGAUAGGUCAUCCGGGGAAGAGUCAGUGUAACACCUUUCUAUCAACCCAGCUAUCCUUUGGAAUCCUUCAACUGAUAUUUUGACUGGCCCACCUCAGCCCCAAUAAGCAGAGACUGUUUUAGCAUAGUCAUUCACAGCUCUAUUGAUUUUUGCCUUUCAAGUGUAAGAGACAAUUUAAUACUGUAUGUUUUACUCUACUUGGAGUGAAUCAGUUGUGCACAGAGGAGCCUUUAUUUUCACGUUCAAUGUCAUUCACUGUGCUUGUGUCUUUAUGUAGAUGUUCAGCUGGUUGGUUUCGAUGUGCAGUAGUCAUUGACAUUUUAUAUAACUAAGGUUUAGCUAGAGACUGCUAUUCCUACCAAAGGUUCCAGUCUCAACAUGUAUCUUACUAUUGUACUUAAAUUUGAUAGAAGAAAAUGUAGUACAGUCGAGUCUUGAUAAGCGCACAUCAGAUAUGUACAAACUCUGUUUACAUGCAGUACAGUUUACCAGUUCCAAUUCAAAUAUACACUUUUCACUUCUGCAUGCUCAGGUUUAGUAUACACAUUUAGAACACUCCCAAGCCAUUGCAUUUAUCAGGACUCCACUGCAUCUAGAUUUCUUGUAAGAUGGCAUUUGUCAUAAAGGGAGAAAUUAUCAAGACACAUAUACACUAGCUUAUUGCAAUUUUAAUUAUUUUAUUAUAGUGAAAUCCAUACCAAAUGGUUGAACAAUGCUGUAAAUGUUAUUUAUUUAUCAAUAUUUGCAUCACACUUUCAGAGUAUGUGUAGUAUUCCAUAGGUUUAGUCAAAAGUGGGAUCCAAAAGGCCAUACAUAGUGUCUUGAGGAUGAUUGCAUAGCCAUGGUAAAUAUGGCUGUUGGAUGAAUGUUGAAUCAUAAAAUGUAGACCAGAAUUUUUAUGUCUAAACUGCACAAGGUUAUAUUGCGCUGUUAAAUGUCACAUUGAAGAACUCUGAGCUUAUGAGGCUAUGAGUUUAUGAGGCUAUGGUUUUAUUUAGAACUCACAUUGAAACAUCAAGCAUUUUUUCUUCUACAUUUUCAUCAUGCAAUUUCGAUUGAGGUCACAAACUGUUUACAAUGUUUGUGGUCCUCUUUGCCCAAAAUGUAUAGUCUAAUUCAUUAAUCAUGUCAUUCAUUGUGUGGAUUGCUGAAUGUAGAGUUCAGUUGUUCGGCGGAGCAUGAAAACUGAGUUUGAAGAUUGUUCAGCGCCAGAGCUAUUGGAUGUGAGGCAAUCAAUAGGAUUUUGAGGGAAUGAACUACAACGUGUUAUGCAUUAUGAACCAGGUUUUAUACUUGAAUGUAGUUGCAUUUAGAAAGGCACCAGGAUAUGCACGCUUAUUUUAUGUAUUUAUUAUUAAAUUGUU